UGGCGCCGCGGCUGCAGGGUUCCCGCCCUGCCAGGUCUGACGCGGCCGCGGCGCUUUGUGCUACGCCCGCCACCGAUGCUGCGCGGCCGGGACGACGGGCUCCGUGGCUGCACCGUGUGAGACGGAGAGUAGCGGCCGGGAGGCGCCAGUGCCGGCAUGUCGCUGCCUCCGGAGAAAGCCUCUGAGCUGAAGCAGCUCAUCCACCAGCAGCUGAGCAAGAUGGAUGUCCAUGGCAGAAUAAGAGAAAUUCUUGCCGAGACUAUACGAGAAGAAUUAGCACCUGACCAACAACAUUUAUCAACAGAAGAUCUGAUCAAAGCUCUCAGACGUCGAGGAAUCAUUGAUGAUGUAAUGAAAGAGCUUAAUUUUGUGACUGAUAGUGUUGAUCAAGAACUCCCUUCUUCUCCAAAGCAAACUGUUGGUUUUGAUAAGCAGUCAACAUUAAAAAAAACUAACAUUGACCCAGCACGGAGGUAUCUUUACCUUCAGGUUUUGGGUGGAAAAGCUUUCUUGGAACAUCUGCAGGAACCGGAGCCUCUGCCGGGGCAGAUCUGCUCAACUUUCACUCUAUGCUUGCACUAUCGGAACCAGCGGUUUCGCUCAAAGCCUGUGCCCUGCGCUUGCGAGCCCGAUUUUCACGACGGUUUCUUGCUUGAAGUUCACAGAGAAAGUUUAGGUGAUGGGACUAGAAUGGCCGAUUCAACAACAAUGCUAUCAAUAAGUGAUCCAAUUCACAUGGUCCUAAUCAAAACAGACAUAUUUGGUGAGACCACUUUAGUUGCAUCCUAUUUCCUGGAAUGGAGAUCUGUUCUGGGCUCAGAAAAUGGAGUGACCAGCCUGACUGUGGAGCUCAUGGGUGUAGGCACAGAAUCAAAAGUUUCCGUGGGAAUUUUAAAUAUAAAACUCGAAAUGUACCCACCACUCAGCCAAACGCUGUCUCAAGAAGUAGUGAACACACAGCUUGCCUUGGAACGCCAGAAAACUGCAGAGAAAGAGCGAUUAUUUCUAGUUUAUGCUAAGCAGUGGUGGAGAGAGUAUUUGCAAAUUCGACCCUCACACAAUUCACGGCUGGUCAAGAUUUUUGCCCAGGAUGAGAAUGGGAUAAAUAGACCAGUUUGUUCCUAUGUUAAGCCACUUCGAGCUGGACGACUUCUGGAUACUCCGAGGCAAGCAGCUCGAUUUGUCAAUGUCCUUGGUUAUGAGCGAGCCCCUGUCAUUGGAGGAGGCGGCAAGCAGGAGCAGUGGUGCACUCUGCUGGCUUUCCUCUGUAGAAACAAGGGUGAUUGUGAAGACCACGCUAACCUGCUGUGCAGCCUUCUUCUUGGAUAUGGACUGGAGGCCUUUGUCUGUGUUGGGACGAAGGCCAAGGGGGCACCUCAUGCAUGGGUUAUGACCUGUGGAACUGAUGGGACCAUCAUGUUUUGGGAGAGUUUAACAGGGCACAGGUACAUCCACAAGCCUACGAAUCCUGAUGAACCUCCUCUCGCUGAGCAGCCCAAACCGCUGUACCCCUACCGCACAGUCGGCUGCGUUUUCAACCACCAGACGUUCCUGGGGAACUGUCAACCCUCGGACGCAGUGGAGACAUGCGUAUUUGAUUUGAAUGAUGAAUCCAAGUGGAAGCCCAUGAGCGAAGAAGCAAUUAAGUCUGUGUGUGCUCCAGGUGCCACUACGUCUCUCCCUCCCUUCCCCCCUCUGUGCGCGUCCACGAUUGACGCGUCAGCCACCAGCAAUGAAAUCGAAAUGCAGCUAAGGCUGCUGGUGUCGGAACACAGAAAGGACCUCGGCCUCACUACUGUCUGGGAAGACCAGCUCUCCUAUCUUUUAUCACCAGCUUUGGCUUCAUAUGAAUUUGAGCGAACGACAAGCAUAUCUGCAGGCAACGAAGAAUUCCAGGAUGCCAUAAGGAGGGCUGUACCUGACGGCCACACAUUUAAAGGGUUCCCCAUACAUUUUGUGUACAGAAAUGCAAGGCGUGCAUUUGCCACUUGUCUUCGGUCUCCUUUUUGUGAAGAAAUAAUCUGUUGCCGUGGAGACCAGGUGCGACUGGCAGUUCGUGUUCGAGUGUUUACCUACCCUGAGUCUGCGUGUGCUGUUUGGAUCAUGUUUGCUUGUAAAUAUCGCUCGGUAUUAUAGGACUAACAUUUCCUAAGAAUUAUUCCUGGGUUUUAUUAGAAUUGUAUAUGAAUAGCUGUGUGAAGGUUUCUUAAUUUAAAAUCAGCCUUUUGGAUGUCAUUGUUUUGUAUAGAUCUGACUGGUAACGUUUUAAAAUAUCAUGUAUGUACUUAAAAAUUAAGGAUAAAAAUUUGUACUGAAUUUAGUAUGAAUUAAGGGUAUGAUAAUAAAUGAUACUUUGUUUUGAGGGA